AUGACCAAAGAUAAUAUUUUUAUUCUUGAAGCAGAUCGGCCAACAGGCAUUGCUACUGUAUUCGCUCUCUUUAACACUGGUUCUAAGCAGUCAAACCGUCGUAUGCAUAUAAAGGCCGGUGUGAGUCCAAAUAGUUCACCAGAAAUUCGUGAAAAACUUUCACAAUACGGAGCAGAAGUUGUUGUCAUUGAUGAUCCAAAUAACGUGAAAUUUAAUGAUGUUAACAAAUUAAUGAUUAUCUUGACACCUGAAAGGUUAGAUGCAGGAUACAUUUAUAUUGAAGCAGCUAGUCGGGACAAAGUUCCUUUCGUAUUGUUGCAAUCGAUUGUUAUGGCUGAUGAACGGGAUGAUUAUGUUGGAAAGAAGUAUGGAGGACUUGAAGAGAAGCUUAAGGAAAUGAUAACAAAAGAAUGUAAUUAUGAAACUGAAGAUAAAGAUUCACAUGUUCACCCGUUUAAAGAUUGCAUCAAAAAAGGUAUUUUAGAUCUGCCUAUUGGUAAUGGAGAGUUUGCACCAGUUGCAGUUGAAGAUGUCGGUAAAGCCGCAGAGCAUAUACUUGAUAAAUCCGAAAACUAUUAUUCUAAUAUUUAUACCGUUACUGGAUGCGAACUUUUGUCCGGAAAAGUUCUCGCUGAACGUCUCAGUGUGACUCUUCAUCAUGAAUUAACCUAUAAACCAUGUGAAGAUGAAGAACAUAUCAGAGAACAUCUCCAGAAAUAUAUUACUGCACCGGUUGAAGUCGAAACUGUUUAUCGUUUAUUUGAGUUUAUUAAGGAGGGUAAAUUGAAAUUUGUAAGUCCUCAUUUUACUGAAAUUGAAAAAUGGAAACCGAAAACGGUUACGCAAUUCUUCUUGGAAAACAAAAAUGAUCUACUAAAAUAA